AAUCCGGAGAAUUACUAAUUUGUUCAGCUACUACACGUUUAUCAUGGCGCUGUUCAUGCAGCUACAAAAGGUGUCAAGUCAGUUAUUUAACAGGUGUACGCCUCAAAAGUUAUGUGUUCGUAACAAAUACGUGAACAGAACUGCAUUGAAAAGAAACAGACAGAAGAAAAAUGACAUGUCAUGGGCAGCAGAAUUGUUGAAUUACCAGAAAAAUGUAUUGAAGGAGCAGCCUGAACCCUCACCACUUCAUCUGGUUAAAAGAAUCAAAUCGUUAUAUGGACGGCCACAGAAAGAAAAAACUUGUAUGGAGAAAAUUGGAUUUACAGCAAAGCCAGGUUCAAAGGAUGCACCAAGUUCAGUUAUUGUGAAGAACACGCCUAAAAUAAACAGUAUGCUAAUGCUCGUGAAACAUCUGGUUACCAUCACGCCCAUCACAUUUCCAUAUGGAUAUCCCGAAAGUGAGGCAGACUUCUCACACUGCCACCUUAAUGACAAUGGAGAAUUCAUUCUGGUGAAAGACAUCACGCCAAAAGAGGAACAACAUUUAUUGCCAGUGGGAUCCAAGACAGAAACUGUGUGGGACAUGGAUUGGAAAAUUAUCAGAAAACAUACAGAGAAGAUCAAGCAAGACUUGAGUUUGAAUGAGGAGUUCUUCACGGUGGAUCCCGUGUACAAACUGAACCAAGAUGGCAAGGAGUACAGAUAUUUUGGGGAUAAGUCAAAUGAAGGUGUUAAACAUUACAAUGAAUUAUUUGACCAUAAAGAUGGCUCAAAGAAAAUUUCCUGAAUUCAAACUCACAUGAUAGAUUUUUUAAAUGAAAUAAAUAAAAUUUUCUUUGUAUUUAUUA